AUGUCAGAGGCUAAUACAAGUGAUGACAAAACAUUGACAAGCAAUGAAGAAAUUUCAAAAUUAAAAGUAAAUGCAAAAGCCAAUCCACCACCUCAUGUGGAUUCUGUGAUCCUUAAUGAAUGGUCUUCAUAUGAUCCAUAUGUACCUAAGGAGGGCGCUGCUGGUGGACCACCUUCAAAAACUGCAGAAAUUCAAAAAAAAAUCGACGAGACAGUAGAAGUUAUGCGUGAUAACCUUAAAUCCGUUGCCGUAAGAGGAGAGAGAUUAGACACUUUACAAGAUAAAACCGGUAAAGAAAUUAUGUUGGAGAAUAAAGAAAAACUUUAA